UUAGUGAAGCGUCCUGAUCACACAUCCGGUGUCAUGGCUGCCACCCUAGCAAACGCGUGGACUCUGUAGAGUUUUUACUUACGGACUUUUCUCAAAUCUGAUCCAAAUCAGUCUGUCAUUUCAUUAUUUAUUUGUAAUAUUACCCUGGGAAGCCAUGGCGGAGGCCAUAUCGGAGAAAACCAGUGGACUGUCAUUCGCAGAGCAGCAAAUGCUUCGGCAUGGAUGGCAACCAGGAAAGGGUCUGGGUCGGUUAGAAGAUGGAAUGUCUGAGCCAGUCAAAGUCAAAGUGAAGACUGACAAAGGAGGGGUUGGCCAUAAGCUGAGCGAUCAGUUCACAUUCAAUUGGUGGGAUCAUGUUUUCAAUAAGGCUUCCACAAACCUGUCAGUUGAAUCUGGUCAGGAUGGAGUAACGAUGAAGAAAGUCAAGGAUGAAGAGGAGGAGGGGAUGAUCUCGAACAAGAGGCCACUCAAGGCUAAACUGGCCAAAAACAUGCAAUAUGGAUGCUUCGUCAAGUCAGCCACUCUUCUGUCUGGUGAAGUGCAGCCUGAGCAGAGAGCAUCAGGUUCAGAUGACAGCAGCGACUCCGAUGACGAUGAUCGGAAACUUGACCUCUCCUCUGCCACCAAUUUAUCUGAUGCGGAGCUGUUGAAAAUCUGUGGAGGAAGGACCGCUCACAAGGGUGCCAGACACGGCUUGACCAUGAGUGCCAAGCUGGCCCGGCUGGAGCAGCAGGAGCAGGAGUUCCUGGCCAAGUACGGCAAGAAGGCCACGCCGGCAUCGUCAUCAGCCGCCCCUUCCCCAGCCCCCAGCCCCAUCCCCGUCUCAGCACCACAGAGCCCCAGCGGAGCAGACGACGACAACAACAACGGUGGCAAUGAUGAUGGUGACAAGGACGUCCCCAAAAAGACCAAGCGCAAGAAAGAGAAGAAAAGGAGAACUGAGGAGGCUGAAGCUGAGAUGCCAGAUUCUACCACGAAUGGAGACGUCAAAGAGACUCCUGACAUCCCUGAUGGUGGACAGAAAGAGAAGAAGAAGAAAAAGAAGAAGAGUUCCAAAGAGGAAGUAGAUGCCGAUGCAGACAACAGUCCUCCUGUGGAAGCUCCUUUGGAGUACCAGGAGAUCGAUGAUGCUCAGCCAAAGAAAAAGAAGAAGAAGAAGAAGAAAAGUCACCAGGAGGUGCUGGAGAAUGGGUGUGAGGAGGACACCACGACUCCAUCAACAGAAGAACCUGUAGCUGUGGAUGAUCAUUCUUCGAGCAUGAAUGGGGAUUGUGAAAAGCCAUCCAAAAAGAAGCGCUCAAAGAAGGGGAUAACAAACGGGGUGGACUCUGUUGUGAAUGGACAAAAUGCAGACGUUGCUAACAAGUGUGAGAGAGACUCUAAGGUCUCGGGAGCAGGUACGGAGGACUGUGUUUUAAAUCAGGAGACAUCCAUAGAUGCAGACUCCACGAAGACCAAGAAAAAGAAGAAGAAAAAGAGCAAAGAGAACAUUGUCACACUCUGCCAGGAGGGAGAGAGACAGAGCGAAGAUCUCCAAGAAGUACGGUCAGAUGUCCUCAUGGAUGGAGAAGAGGGAAGCACAGAUGUAAAGAGCAAAUCUAAGAAAAGAAAAGCAGCUGGACUAAACAACACUGAUUGUAAUGAAGGUGGGGACAUGAGUGUGAAGAUAAGAAAAAAAGCAAAGCGGAAAGAAUGAAAAAAUUGUGAAUCUCUGAACAGAUGCAUCUUACACCUCUUGAUUAGGGGUGUAACGGUACACAAAAAUCACGGUUCGGUACGUACCUCGGUUUUAAGGUCACGGUUAAGUACAUUUUCGGUACAGUAUAUGGGAACAAAAUAGAAAA